UGGCCACUAAUCCCGAGGUGGCAACUGACCUCACCUGUCCUGUCCACCUUCCCAAAACAUUACCCUCUUUAAACACACAAGCAGGGCACUUUGCACCUCUACACUCACCACACUUGUCAAACACGCACUUUGUUGCUACCCACGCCACACUAGACAAAGGGAAGGCCGAGAGAGGCGGAGAAGAGGGUGUAGCAGUGACGUGUUCUUAUCUCGCGGGCAGGAAGUAUUUUGGGGCGGUCUCUGGACGCUACUGCUGUUCUCUCCUUCUUUCUCUUUCUCCUCUUGCGUGAUUGCAUUUAGGAACCUUUCUCUCUAAGUGCACGUGUGGUGAAGUGGUCUAAGUGGUUCUCCAAAUGGCGGCGGUGAAACCCAAAGUGCUCGUUUUGGGAGGGUGUGGCUUCAUCGGGCGUUACGUGGUGUGUGAGCUGGUGGAGAAGCAGGUGUGCUCCAGCAUCUGUGUGGUAGACAAGGUGCCGCCACAGAUCGCGUGGCUCAACGAGAGGCAGACAAAGGUGUUUGCUGAUGAGUGUGUCACCUUUCGCAGCGCCAACCUCAUCAAUGCUGCCUCGUGUGCCAGUGCCUUUGGGGAGGAGGAGUGGGACUGGGUGAUCAAUGCUGCCGGGGAGACCAAGACUGGACAGGUUGAUGCAGUGUACCAUGAGGGCAUUGUUCACCUGUCCACCAACUGUGCUAAGGAGGCAGCCAAGAAGAGAGUCAAGGUGUACCUGGAGGUGUCAGCCGGCACUAUGGCCUCGGAUGACAAGGUGGCACACAAGGAAACAGACUCAUGCACGCCCUGGAAGGUGGUGGGAAAGUGCAAGUACCAGGUGGAGGAGGAGAUCAAGGCCAUUCCAGACCUCAACUGGAUCAUCAUCAGGCCAGCCACUGUGUACGGCGUCUCAGAUCGCACCGGACUGACCACGCGUCUUGUGUUUGGAGCUGUGUAUCGCCACCUUAAUGAGCCCAUGAAGAUGCUGUGGGACAAGAACCUCUAUGUCAACACUGUGCAUGUCACCGAUGUUGCCAGGGCGGUGGUGUGGCUGUGUCAGAGGGAGAAGGUACACCAGAUAUACAACGUGGUGGACGACAACAACACCACACAGGGCCACAUCACCGAGAUUGUGUCCGACAUCUUCAACAUCAACUAUGACUACUGGGGCAAUGUGUUCUCCAAGCUGGCCAAGACAGAUACGCUGGGACUGGUUACAGAUGUAAAUGACAAGCAUCUGGAGCCCUGGGCUGCAGUGUGCUCUGCUGGGGGUCUGGAGAACACGCCCCUCACUCCCUACAUAGACCAGGACUCAGUGCAGUGUUCCCACCUCCACCUGGACGGCUCCAAGUUGCGGUCUGAGGGCUUCACGUACACUUUCUCCAAGCCUACCAAAGAGUUACUGGUGGAGAUUCUAAGGGACUUUAUAACCAUGAAGAUCUUCCCCGCCAAUGCACUACCCAGCCAGGAUUAGUGCCAGAAAGUGCCAGCAGUGCCAAGAGUAGAAGAGGAGUAGCUGAAUGGUGGCUUGUGGACGAAACACCUUCCUUCCUUCACCUGCUGACGACUUGUUAAUUAAGCACACUGCACCUGCUUGCCUGAGUUUACCUGUAAGAGUGUGAGAGAGAGAGAGAAAGAGAGAGGGAGUAGGGGUGUUGUUGGUUAAGAGAGAGAGAGAGGAAUUGGGGGUUUGUGAGUGUUAGAGAGAGAGAGAGAGAGUAGGGGUGUUGUUGGUUAAGAGAGAGAGAGAGGAAUUGGGGGUUUGUGAGUGUUAGAGAGAGAGAGAGAGAGAGAGAGAGAGUAGGGGUGUUGUUGGUUAACGUUUAAAGAAAGAGAUUUAAGUAGUUAUUUUACAAACACUGUUAAAGAGAUAGAGAAUAUGUGAAAUAAUUAAGAAUAGCCAAAAUUUAUUGAGAUAGAGUAAAGAAUAGAGUAAAUUUAACUAACUAUUAAGGAGAUGUAAGCAGAGAGAGAGAGAGAGACACUACCUGAGAGCUGUGUUUCAUGUGCCAAGUAUAUUGUUGUAUAUUGACGUGUUGAUGUCUCUUAGAUUUACGUGUGCGUGUGUGUCUGACAGAUGGACAGCCCAGCCUAACGUAACCUAACCAAACAUGGCCUAACCUAACAGUGUAAUGUAACCUAACAUGGCCUGAUCCUACCUAAUGUAAUGUAACCUAACCUAAUCUGACAUGGCCUAAUCUAACUUAACCUAAUGUAACUUAACCUAACCUAGGAAAACAACACCUGACAAACUGAUCUAACCUAACCUAACCAAAUCUGAGCUAACCUGAGCAGACCUGACCUGAACUAACUUAAGCUAACAUAACCAAACCUAACCCAACUUAAUGUAGCCUGACUUAACCCAACCUAAUCACACCUGUCUUCAUCUUACCCAACCUGACCUGACCUGACCUGAUCUGAGGUAACUUAAAUCUAACCAUGGUUGUUACAGGAUAUCAGAUGGCAACACUGUCUUGUGUCUCCUGAUCAUUUAUUUAUUGCUUUAAUUUU